AUGGACGGCUACCUGUGGUACAUUGCGCAGGUGGAUCGCUUGAACCCGGACAACCAAGUGAGCCCUGCCGAAGCUGAGCUCAUGGUGCGAGCGGGGAAGAUUGCCAAGAAGGUUGGAGGUUCCAUCUUAGACCUUGGCAGUGGGAGUGGGAAUGACUUCCCGACGAUCCAGGCGGCCGAGGUGAUCUUGCCGGUCUUGGCUGUGGAGCCCAAUCGCUUCACCUGGGCCAAAGCGGAAGCCCAGGCACAAGAGCUGAAGCUGUCUGUGUCCUUCGCGGCGAACUUGGAGGAGGUGCCCAAUGAGAGCUGCGGGCUGCUGCUCACACGCCGUGUGCUUUGCUCGGUGGACGACCAGCAGGAAGCGCUGCAGGAAAUCUUCCGAGUGCUGAAACCAGGUGGUGUCUUUGUCUUCAUUGAACAUGUGGCUGCCGAAGAGGGCUCGCCUUUGCGGGUGACGCAGGAAGUCUUCCGACCGGUCCAGCAGGCCAUGGCCAACAACUGCGACAUGGCACGGGAGACGGAGAAGGCGAUCCGAGACAUGCCGUGGAGCAACGUGGAGGUGGUAAACUAUGAGGAGGCACAUUCGGGGGUUGGCAGUGAAAGCUCGGUGACUUGUGAGACCUCAAGGAUUUUAAAGAUUGACUCUAAAGCAGCUGAUGCUCCAACUGCCAAUGAUGCCAAUGGUUUGCAAUCCCGUGUCUCCAAUGGAGGACCGCCGCAUCGCGAGAUGGAGGCGGAGAAGGAUGAAUCCGAGGAUGAAGACAUGGAGGAUGAUGGGGCCGAUGACCGUCCCAUCUACAAUCCCUUGAACCUGCCUUUAGGCUGGGAUGGAAAGCCUAUUCCGUUUUGGCUUUACAAGCUCCACGGCAUGGGCAUCGAGUACAAGUGCGAAAUUUGUGGUAACUAUUCCUAUUGGGGUCGUCGGGCCUUCGAGAGGCACUUCCAGGAGUGGAGACACGCCUUCGGCAUGCGAUGUCUCAAGAUUCCCAACACGGCACACUUCAAGGAAAUCACCAAGAUUGAGGAAGCCAUCACGCUCUACGAAAAGCUGAAGCGUGAUGCAGAGGAACAGACCUUCCGGCCUGAGCAGGCCACUUGCGGUCACUUGCGAAGUGGAAGCACGGACGGUGGCUGA